AUGUCUGUUUGUGAGAAAUACUACCCUUCCGAGCCAUCCAAGCCUUCUGUGACUUCUUCUAGCAUCCCAGGACCAAAGUCCCAGGAAGAAUUGUCAAAGUUGGGCAAGGUGUUUGAUGCCAGACCAGCCUACUUCAUGGCUGACUACGAAAAGUCUGUUGGUAACUACAUUGUGGACGCUGACGGCAACACAUAUCUAGACUUGUAUGCACAGAUCGCUUCGAUCGCGCUUGGUUACAACAACCCUGCGUUGAUCAAGGCUGCGCAAUCUCCAGAAAUGAUCCGUGCGUUGGUGGACCGUCCAGCACUCGGUAACUUCCCUUCUAAGGACUUGACAGCGAUCUUGGAAAAGCUGCUAAAGUUCGCUCCUAAGGGCCAAAGCAUGGUUUGGUCCGGUUUGUCGGGAGCUGAUGCCAACGAAUUGGCUUUCAAGGCUGCCUUCAUGUACUACCGUUCGAAGCAAAGAGGUUACGACAAGGAGUUUUCCGCCGAGGAAAACAGUACUGUCAUGGAGAACUCGACCCCAGGUUCCCCACAAUUAGCCGUUUUGUCCUUCAAGAAGGCCUUCCACGGUAGACUAUUUGCAUCUGGUUCGGUUACUUGUUCCAAGCCAAUCCACAAGUUGGACUUCCCAGCUUUCAACUGGCCUCACGCUGAAUACCCUGCCUACAAGUUCCCAUUGGAACAAAACGAGGACGCCAACAGAGCUGAAGACGACCGUUGUUUGAAGAUCGUCGAGGACUUGAUUACCUCAUGGCCCAUUCCUGUUGCCGCUUUGAUCAUCGAGCCUAUCCAAUCUGAAGGUGGUGACAACCACGCUUCCAAGUACUUUUUGCAAAGUUUGAGAGACCUAACUUUGAAGCUAGGCGUCGUUUACAUCAUCGACGAGGUCCAGACCGGUGUUGGUGCUACCGGUAAGCUAUGGUGCCACGAAUAUGCCGAAAUCCAACCACCCGUGGACUUGGUUACUUUCUCCAAGAAAUUCCAAAGUGCCGGUUACUUUUUCCACGACCCACACUUUGUUCCAAACAAGCCAUACCGUCAAUUCAACACCUGGUGUGGUGAACCCGCCAGAAUGAUCAUUGCCGGUGCCAUUGGUCAAGAAAUUGUCGACAAGAAGUUGGCCGAGCAAUGUGCCCGUGUUGGUGACUACCUAUUCGGCAAGUUGUCUGCUUUGCAAGAGAAAUACCCAACCAAGUUCCAAAACUUGAGAGGUAAGAACAGAGGUACUUUUAUCGCUUGGGACUUGCCAUCCGGCGCUGAAAGAGACGCUCUGCUAAAGAACUUGAAGUUGAACGGUUGCAACGUUGGUGGUUGUGCUGAAAAGAGUGUCAGAUUGAGACCAACCUUGACUUUUGAGGAGAAGCAUGCCGACAUCUUUGUUGAUGUUCUAUCCAAGGUUGUUGCCGAAAUAUAA